AUGGUCCUCAGAUAUAGUUAUGUUUUUAAACAACCAGUAAAUUAUUCUAAUAUUGAAUUGAAUGAAAUUAAAAAUAUUAAAGAUGAAAAAGUUAGACAAAAUUCUAUUUUUAUUAGCUAUUUAAAUGGCUUAUAUAAUUCUUUAAAUGUUUUAGAAAUGGUUUCAAUUUCAGGUUCAUUACCUAGUAAAUUGAUUCAAUCAAUUUUUAAAAUAAUUUUAAGUAAUUAUGAUUAUAAUGCAAUUGGUAAACAUUUUAAAACUGAAUCAAUUUUAAUUGGUGAAAGUUUAUUUAAAUGGCCAUCACCAAGAAUUCAACAAUUUGACCAAUUUUUCUUCCAAGAUUACCUUUAUAGUUCACCAGAGAAUUAUAAAGGUUCAUUGGUUGGAGUUAAUGAAUACUCUAUGGUUUGGACACUUGGUAUUAUUUUAUAUCAAUGCUUAACUGGUGAAUUACCAUUCCCAACCUAUCCUAAAAUUGUUAAUUUCAUAACAAGUAGUUCUCAAAAUGUUGAGAUUCCACCACAAUUUUAUAAACCAGAAAACUCUCUCCUUAUUCAACUCAUAACGUGUUGUUUAUUUAAAAAUCCAGCCCAAAGAAUUUCUUGGAAUGAAAUAGUUAAUCAUUCAUUCUUUAAAAAUUAA